AUGUCACCGAAGAGGCAGGAACAAGCCAUGGUCGUGUACGAGGACCUAAGGAGAAAGACUGUGAAGGUCAGCGUGUCUGUGUGGCCUCCCGGGUCAAACAUCUACCUCGGCGAGUGCGUGUUGCUGCAGUGCACAGUGGAAUCAAACUCCAGUUCUGUGUGGAGCUACGGCUGGUUCAGGGACGAACCGCACCUCCCUCCGACCCCGAACCCCAGGCACCUGGUCUCCGGUGACGGCUACUCCAUCACGGCUGUAACGAGGGAGGACGCGGGCAGCUACUGGUGCCAAGCGGAGCGUAGGGAGAACAGCACCACCGCUGUGGUGUCCCGCAGCCAGCCGGCCACGCUCAGUGUGUCAGCAGAAUGUGACCCUGGAGACCGGAGAUUCAUUACGGAGGAAUUUAAGCAGGUGUCUGUCUGCAGUCAGACAUACCAGUUUAUCUUUGAUCGACUUCUUCUCGUUGUCCGCCUCCCUCCUCCAGAGCGGCCUCCUCCCUCGCUGACUCUAACUCCCAGCAGCAGGCAGUUCUUCAGAGGGGAGCAGUUCUCCGUCCAGUGCCCCGUGUCUCAGACUAACUCCUCAGGCUGGAUGCUGAGGCAGUACUCUCCGGGCCGUCGAGUGAGGAAGAGAGUCCUCCACAAUGGCCGCUGUUCACCACUUGGGGGCGCUGUUAGUAAAGACAAGUCUGACACAUGUUGGUUUACCGCUGGAAGUGGGACCAGUGGGCUGUACUGGUGCGAGGACGCCAAGGGCCGCAGCAAUGCAGUCAACGUCACAGUAAGCUAUGGUUCCAUCAUCCUAAAGACUCCUGCCGUCUCUGUGCGUGAGGGCGACAAAGUGGUCUUGUAUUGUCAGCACUGGGCAGGCAACCCUAAUCAAACAACCUUCUAUAAAAACGGAACGGAAAUCGUCACUUACAACUCUUCAUCUUCAGACAGAGUAAUAAAGUUGACUAUAGAGAAUGUGUCACCGGAGGAUGAAGGCUUGUACCGGUGUGCGUCCCGGGACGGAAAGACGGAGAGUCCGGCGAGCUGGUUGUCAGUGAGACCGGACCGAGGCAACAUCACAUCCACAGACGGGACCACAGCCUCAAAUAGUGGUUCCUGGAAAUGGAUCAUUCUUUCAUGCGGGCUUCUCUUCCUCGUUCCUCUAACUGUCUGGCUGAUUCUCUACUACAGGCACCAGAUGUUUCGCACCCGUAGCUGCUGUCCAGCUUCCAAAGAGGAUCUACCAGCAGUGGAGCUUCCUGCGACCAAGCAGGACAUGACAGAAGUGCAGUGGGACCUGUCCUGGAUGGAGAUGUCCAACCUGUUGGAUAAGCAGUUAUAUCCUGGCACCUAAAGGAUCACUCUCACCUGAAGUAUAAAGAAAAUACUGAAUGGGGUGAAACCUAUGAGAUAGUUCAGUCAGUGCUGUUUCUGACAGGCCAUAAGAAAAAUUUGUAGUCACAUGACAAAAAAGGUCCGAGCUUCUUCGAGGGGUCCCGCAAAGAUCUAUUCUCGGCCCCUUGCCUUUGUAAGCUGUCUCACACGUUCCACUGUUUAGAAAAUAAAUGCUGAUAUUUAUAACGUUGAAGAUGCGAUAUGUAAGAGUUAGCCAACUGUUGAAUUCAUGGGGGGUGUAAUAGGGGGUGACUCACCAGAGCAGUCCGCUAACUGCUGCUAACUGUAGAUGCCGUUGGCUAGUAAACACAGCUAAUCGCUCAGCUAGCAGUCAUAUUAGUUAACUCUGUCUGGACUGAGAGCUCGGAGCUUCAGGAGAGGGUUGGUGUUGUUUUCUAUCAGAUUUUCACUCCAACAAUGCAAUGACAUCUUUGACAUAAUGUCAUGACUGUCAUUUCCUCCGAUCUGUUGAUAACUAUAGUUAUUUUUUAAAAAAUGUUUUAAACACAAAUUCUUACAUGUUGCACAUUUAAUAUAAAAAAAAAGUCUUUUUACAUAUUUCAUUGUACCUAUAUAGCGAUCCUGAUGUUUUUCAAAAUGUUUCAAGUCAAUUCUCAGAGCUUCUCUCAGUUCUUCAAAGGAUUUAAAUUGACCUUGUACUUGAUAUUAAUAUUCCAUUAAAUAUACAUGUCCCUCUCUCUGGAAUUGUUUGAAAUCAGUAUCAGUUACUUUACUACAGUACAUGUAUUUUAGACUCCACUGGAAAGAAGCCCAUCUCAUUUACAGUGCGAAAUUUGUGAUUAUACUAGACUGAAUAGUUUUUUUUUUUUAAAGAAGUUUUAGAGAUGUAAAAUGGCUAUAAAGAAAACAAGGCAUUUACAGUGCGUCUCUUUCACUCAUGAUGCCUUUCUUCCAUGUAGAUGAGGCGAGGAGAUCUUUGUCCACGGGUCAUUAUGUCAGAAUCAUUGUCACUCCCCAAACUAUGCUUAUGUUGAGUGACGAAACCUGAGCCUGGAUAUCAAAUCUCAACCCUGUAAAUAUUCUGCACGCACAUUACAGCUGACUGAAAGUGGGAUUUAUGAUAUUCACAAUCCACUGGAUGACAGUUCAGGCUCUGCUCACAGAGACCCAUAAGUAUUAUGUAUUUGUCAAGAUAAUUAUGACGGUAUGAUGCAGUGCACGACUCAUCUUUGAAUAUGCUCUAUUUAAUGAGGAACUUUACUGUAAAAUAAAUACACAUGCCUGUCACAUUCA